CUGUUCAUGACAUUAAAGGAACAACAUUCUUCAUCUGAUUGACCUACAUGUUCAAUUUCUGAUGCCUCUGGUGUUGGACCUUUCAGUGAUGUUCUUAAACUUGAAGAGCUCUGAUAUUUCUUGCUCAGAGAUUACUAGGAUAGAAUACUGAGUACUUUACCAUACAAAAAAAUAAAUCAUAAGGUGUUAAGAUGCCUCCAAGAGUGAAAAUCCCUAUAAUUUUUGCAGUCCUAUUUCUUCUAAUCAGUGUUUCUGUUAUCAUCACAAUUGCUUUUGUUCAGUUUCACCAUAAAAAACCUGUUUCCCCUGGUCUCAAGUAUGGGAUUGUGCUGGAUGCUGGAUCUUCUCGUACUACAGUAUAUGUGUAUCAAUGGCCUGCAGAAAAAGAAAACAAUACUGGAGUGGUAAGCCAGACUUACAAGUGUAACGUUAAUGGCAAGGGAAUUUCCAGUUAUGAUAACGAGCCAGAUAAAGCUUGUGAGAGCAUUAAUGAGUGCAUGAUGAAAGUGAAAGAAAAGAUUCCAUUAAACCAACAUAACAGCACUCCUGUUUAUUUGGGAGCCACUGCUGGGAUGAGGUUACUCAGGUUGAAAAAUGAAAGUGCUGCCCAAGGAAUCCUUACAAGUAUCCGAAAUUACUUCACAACCCAACCUUUUGAUUUUAAAACAGCUCACAUCAUAACAGGACAGGAAGAAGGGGUGUAUGGAUGGAUCACGGUUAACUAUUUGAUGGACAAUUUCUUAGAGAAAAAUAUUUGGAGAGCGUGGGUGAGACCAGAAGGAGCAGAGACUACAGGAGCUUUGGAUCUGGGUGGUGCCUCUACACAGAUAUCAUUCAUCCCGGAGAUGUCAGAACAAAAUGUCAACAACACAGUGGAAGUAACACUAUAUGGAUAUCAGUAUAAUGUUUACACACACAGCUUUCAGUGCUACGGACGGGAUGAAGCAGAGAAAAGGCUCUUGGCAGCACUAGUUCAGAGUCAGCCUAACAAACUCCGUGUUGGAAACCCCUGCUACCCUCUCAAUUAUGAAGUGAAUUUUACCAGCGGUCAUAUGUUUCGUACCUUGUGUUCUGCUCCAUACCGGCCAGCAAACUACCAUCCAGAUGACAUCAUUACUUUUAGAGGGACAGGAGAUCCAGCUAUGUGCUCCGCGAAAGUGGCAUCACUUUUUAAUUUCACAGCAUGUUAUGGCAGCCAAAACUGUUCAUUUGAUGGAGUUUACCAGCCAAAAGUGAAAGGGACAUUUUCGGCAUUCUCUGGGUUUUAUUAUACAGCUAAUGCUUUAAAUCUUACCGGAAGGUUCACAUUGAAUGAAUUUAAUGCAAGUGUAUGGUCAUUCUGCAGCCAGGAAUGGAGUAAGCUUCCAAAAAUUAUACCGAAGUUUGAUGAGAAAUAUGCAAAAUCCUAUUGCUUUUCUGCUAAUUACAUCUAUUAUCUUCUGGUCCAUGGAUAUAAAUUUGAUGCUGAAUCCUGGCAGAAUAUAAUUUUUCAAAAAGAAGUUGAAAACAGCAGCAUAGCCUGGUCCCUUGGAUACAUGCUUAAUCUUACAAAUAUGAUCCCUGCCGAGAAGGCCCGGAUCCUGCUCCCCAUGAGCCCCUCCCUCUUUGCCGGACUUCUCUUUUUGUUCGCAGUAAUGUCGUUAGUUUGUUUGAUUUUCUUUAUUUUUUUAGUAGCCCGUGCAUGCUUCGCCUAGAUGCCUUGGCCGUUACAGUUGACAAGCAAAUUAAAACGGGCCGGCCUUUCUUGUUUCUUCUCCAAGUUGCUGCUACAAAUAUCUGUGCUGGCUGGAUUCUAUAUAAACUUGGCGCAAAAUGUUUAAGAAAGGUGUCUAAAGACCAACAUUUAAAGGGGCAUUGGAUUUUUGAGGAUCAAAAUUGGUUAAAUGUAAUGAGUAUAUUUAAAAUAUGAAUGAGGUACAUGCCAGGCAACCAUUUCCUCUUGGCAAACUCUCUGUCAAUUAUUUCUUAAUAUAGUGUUUUUCAAUUUCUCUUAUGUCAAUAGAAAUUGUAUGUAUGCUUUGACUGUGAGGUGAGAAAGAGCAAACAAAGGUCUGCAUCAAUUCUAAACAUAUUUGGGGCCCCUUAGAGGAUAAAAGACAAAGAAGGAAAUAUAUGCUAGAUAUUACCCUCCACAUAAAUCAAUUUUUUAUUAUAGUCACAUGAUCCAUCUGGGUGAAUGUAGCAAAAAAAAGUUUAAUAUGACCUGUCAUUGUAUUAAUUCACCUCAGGGACAAAAAAGGAAGUGAUAGGGUUGCCACCCGUCCCUUAAAAUACAGAACACUUAUAAGUUACACAUGCUGCAGGGUGUGCAGGGAGGAAUCUGUAGAGUGCAUAUAAAUAGAGCUGUCCAGAAACACAAUACAUGUUCCUCCCUGCACACCCUGCAGCAUGUGUAACUCAUAAGUGUCCAGGAAAACAUGGCUGAGGUGGCAACCCUAGGAAGUGAGGAUGGACAUUAUUGAUUAAGGAAUUUUUAUCCUGUCAUGUUUACAUAUGGCAAUAAAUUGAAUCAAGAAAUUGUUGUCAACAAAAAAGAAUCAAGUUAUGAAUUAAACUUUUUUAUUCUUAUUUUUUUUUUUUUUUCAUUUUAGGUUUACAUGGUAUUUUAUUUACAAUUGUGUAUCUUUCAAUAAAAAGUAGAAGCAGGUCACAUGAUUAUGUAAAGAAAGAAAAAACAAGCAAACAAAACAAUACAUUUAUUUAGUUUACGUUGGCAUCCAUUUUGAAACUUUAUGAUAAUAUUAAAAACAACUUUAUCAGUAUGUGUAUCACAAUACAAUAUAUUCUGUAUGGAUUUUUCUUAGCACAUUGUGUGCUGCACACUUAACUUAUUCACACAGUGUUAUUUUAGGACCAAGAUAAAGAAAAUAAUUAUAUACUGGGAUAAAAUGUAAUGUCUGGGUUAAUUAAUUGAAAAACAGUACAUAAUUAUGCAACAGCUCAACAAAUCUUCCAGAUUUUUUUAUUUUACUAUAUAAGACAUAUUUAUUAAAAGGACAUUAAAGCCAAAAAAAAAUCUUUCAUGAUUUAGAUAGAAGAUACAAUUUUAAACAACUUUCCAAAUUUUCUUGGUAUCCUUUGUUGAAAACCAGGAAGGUAAAUUCAGAAAGAGUGUAUGUGUCUGCAGCAGUAUAUGGCAGCAGUUUAGCAACAAUGUUUUAUACAUUAGCAAGAGCACUAGAUAUCUCUUCAGCAAAGAAUAACAUGAGAACGAUGCAAAUUUGAAAGUAAAUUGAAAACUUUUUAAAAUUGUAUUCUCUAUCUGAAUCAUAAAAGAAAAAAAAUUGGGUUUAAUGUCCUUUAAGCAAUGAGCUUCUUUUAUCAUCACAGAAUAAAACAAGAAUGAAUAAUAUUUAUUUAUAUUUUGUUAUCAGGUAGUGACAUGAGUUUACAACUUUACAAAUUAUAGUAAAAUAAUGAGACAAAUCUAAAAGGGACAUAAACAUUUUAAUAUAUAUAUAUUUCAACAAUUAAACACUGCAUUGCAAAAUGUCUCUAUACAAAAUAAAUGUUUUAAAAGCAAUUAAACUGUUAUUUUGUUAGCAAAAUGAACAUUGUUUUGUCAUCUAGAGACACAUAUAAAUGAGUUUCUCAAAUGAUCCAGUGAUUAUUGUAUAAAAUGUGGCUAGCUUAUCCUUCCAAUUUGUUUUAUUAGAAAAUGGAAGAGCUACAGUUUUUAAGGGUUAAAUGAGAGGAAAAAGUAUCUUGCAUAUUUUUGGAACAACACAUAAUUAUACAUUGUGCAUUACAAUCUCUAAGUGUUUCACGUCCCUUUAAUUACAGCGUUAUUUAUUGAGAGAACGCAGUAAAACACAACAGAGUUCUCCUGUCUAGGACAGAUUUUAAUAAAUGUAUUCUCUUAUAUUCUUGUAAUCCCACAUUGAAAAUAUCUAGAAAUUUUACCUCAAAAACAAAACAAUAAAUGAAAAGAUGUUAUUGUAUUGUAAAAUGUUAAUGAUUUUAUUCACAUCUCUUGUCUAAAGGUAUCACUAUCAGUGAUGCAAAUAAACACUGGUCAAACUUA